GAUUUUGAACUGCAUGUGGACACCCCUUUAGGAGGGGUGAUGACUACUAGAGAUGGUUUCUUCAUUUUUGUCACUGAUGCUAGUAGUAGGACAUGGAGACUAGAAGACAUCCCCGUGGUGUGUGAGUUUCCGGAUGUAUUUUUGGAGGAUUUCCCAAGUUUACCUCUAGAUAGGGAGAUUGAAUUUGCUAUUGAUCUUGUUCCGGGCACUAGACCUAUUUCCAAAGCCCCGUACCGUAUGGCUCCUACGGAGUUGAAGGAGUUAAAGGUCCAGCUGGAGAAACUCCUUGAGAAAGGGUUUAUACGACCUAGUGUGUUGAAGAUUAAACCUGAUGAUGUGCCAAAGACUGCCUUCCAUACCCACUAUGGUCGCUAUGAAUUCCUGGUUAUGCCUUUUGGCUUAACAAAUGCCCUUGCAAGAUUUAUGGAUUUGGUGAAUCGGGUAUUUAGCAAGUACCUAGAUAAGUUUGUGGUUGUCUUUAUUGACGACAUUUUGAUUUACUCUUCUAGCCAUGCUCUUCACGAAAAGCACUUAAGGACAGUUCUCGAAACAUUGAGAAGUGAAAGGUUGUUUGCUAAAUUUAAGAAGUGUGAAUUUUGGCUAGAUAGUGUUACAUUCCUAGGUCACGUUGUGACUAAGGAUGGAAUCUCUAUUGACCCCCAGAAGAUUGAGGUCGUGGUGGAUUGGAAAAGGCUGAAUAGUGUUGCAGAAGUCCGUAGUUUUCUGGGAUUGGCUGGUUAUUACCAUCGAUUUGUGGGGGAUUUUAUUAGAAUUGCUCUGCCAAUGACCCGUCUGGUUAGGAAGGGCACAAAAUUUGAGUGGACUCCAGAGUGUGAGAAGAGCUUUUUGACCUUUAAAGAGAAAUUGGUCAUUGCUCCUAUACUUGCACUUCCCGUCAAUGGGGAAGGAUUCAUUAUAUAUAGUGAUGCCUCUAAAAAGGGUUUGGGAUGUGUCUUGAUGCAGAAAGAUAAGGUUAUUGCAUAUGCUUCACGGCAGUUAAAGCCUUAUGAAGAAAAUUACCCUACCCAUGAUCUAGAGUUAGUAGCUGUGAUGUCUGCACUCAAGUUCUGGAGGCAUUAUCUAUAUGGUGAAACCCGUGAAAUUUUCACUGAUCACAAGAGUCUCAAGUAUAUUUUCACUCAAAAGGAGCUUAACAUGAGGCAGAGGCGAUGGCUUGAACUUUUGAAAGAUUAUGACUUGACCAUUAGCUACCAUCCAGGCAAAGCCAACAAAGUAGCAAAUGCAUUGAGUAGGAAGUCCUCUAGCAUCAUUGCCACCCAGAAGGAGUUACUUGAGGAUCUUGUGAAACUGGAUGUGGAGUUGAGAGUGGACAGUACUACAGCUUAUCUAGCUGCUCUCAGGGCACAACCGGCAUUAAUUGAUAGAAUUAAAGUUGCCCAACAAAAAGAUCCUUUCUUGCAAAGGUUGAAGAAAAAAGCAAAGGCGAGGGAACCUCACAUGCAAGAAUUCAGUGUUUUUGACGAUGAGACUCUAUGGUUUGGUGACAAGCUGUGUGUACCAAGAGAUCAUGCAUUAAGGCGUGAGAUUAUGGGAGAUGCCCAUAAUACUAGCUACACAGUUCACCCAGCCUUCCAUCCUCAAACUAACGGGCAAUCUAAGAAAACUAUUCAGAUACUUGAGGACAUGUUGAGGGCUUGCGUUCUAGAUUGGAAGGGUUCAUGGGAUCAACACUUAUCCAUGGUUGAAUUUGCCUAUAAUAAUAGUUACCAGUCCAGCAUCCGCAUGGCACUGUUUGAGGCUUUGUAUGCUCGAAGGUGUAGAUCAUCUGUUUGCUGGGCAGAGGUAGGUGAGAGAAGCAUAUUGGGCCCAGAAUUGGUGCAACAGUCUUCUGAGAUUGUGCAAUUGAUCGAGGAACGCCUUCGUGUUGCACAUAGUAGGUUUGGCAUCCGGGGAAAAUUGAUUCCGAGGUAUAUUGGACCAUAUCCUAUCCUGGAAAGGGUUAGCGAGGUAGCUUACCAAUUGGAGUUGCCUGGAAAUUUAGCGGGUGUUCACGAUGUGUUUCAUGUGUCUUUACUUCGAAAAUAUAUUCCCGACCCGAGCCACAUCAUUCAUCCCAAACCCAUUCAACUUCGAGAAGAUCUCACUUAUGAUGAGCACCCGAUCCGUAUUUUAGAUUUCAAGGAGAUGGUAAUGCGAAGAAGGACCAUUCGUUUUGUUAAAGUCCUCUGGGAUAACCAUUCGGUUGAAGAAGCUACUUGGGAGUUGGAAUCCAAGAUGAGGCAGGAACAUCCGCACCUCUUCCAAGAUUGAGGUAUGAGUUUAGGGGACUAAACUCCUUUUUAGGAG